GGAGAGCUGCUGGGGACUUUGAUGGUGCCAGGAUGACUUUCACUGCACAGAAAUGUGGGAUCUGCUUCCAGCCCCCCUCCAUCAUCCUCAUCUACAGAGACAACGUCCAGGAGAAGACUCGCCAGCGCAUCAUGCCCAUCAGGAAUUUCUCCAGGUACUCAGACUGCGUCAGCGCUGCUGAGCAGAUGAAGAACAACCCCCGGCACAAGCCCUACCUGGAAGGGGUCUCGCUGCACCAGCUGGAGAAGCUGCACAGGCUGCUGAGAGAUCAUCUGGAAGGACAGAGCCUGUCUGACAGCUUGGGAAGGUAUCACCAUGAAUACACCAUUGACCCAGAGGAGGACAUGAACAAACUGGAUGACAAGGAACUGGCCCAAAGGAAGAGCAUCAUGGACGAGCUCUUCGAAAAGAACAGGAAGAGGAGGGAUGACCCUGACUUUGUUUACAAUGUUGAGGUGGAUUUCCCACAGCAUGAGCACAUGGAGUCCUGUGCCUGGGACACGGAGUCAGAUGAAGAAAUGUGAUUCCAGACAAAGAUAGGCAGUUCAGAGACAAAUCUCAGUGUCCCAGCAGAGAGAACAAUGUCACCAUACACUGGCUCAGGAGAACCCAAGGUGCCACAGCAAUCCCAGGCUUGAGUCAGCUUUAUUUAAGGAGCCAGACUUGAUUAAAUGGAAACUGCAAAGCUGAAAUUGUUGGCUGGUUUUAGUAUUUUUCUACAUAAAAGAAUUUUAAAUUAUUUAAUCUUUCAAUUUUUUGCAUUUCAGUCAGCUUUGGCUGAAAAUGAGGUGUUAAAUAUUCAUGUCCUGAGGACACUGUUAAAGCUGUACUGUACAAAUAGGGUGAUUAUUAUUGCCUGCUGGGAGGUUAAAUAUGUAUCAGUCAUUCUGGAUAAAUCAACUCUGCAUUGAGAAUAUUACUCUCACAUUUCCCUAGCAUGCUUAAAUCUUCAGUUUUAGCUUAGACAAAAAUAAGUCCUUACAUGUAAGAGAAUGAAUAUCUUGAAAAUGAA